CCAAAGCCAAAAGCAACCCAACCAAAGCCCCAUCCCCGUCCCCUCCCUCUUUCCAAAUUAACAAAAUCCCACCACCGCGUAACGCCUCUCUUUUGCGACUCGCGAAUCAGAGGAGAGACAUGGCUCAGAGAACCGAGAAAGAAGAGACCGAGUUCAAGGUACCGGAAACCUUGACUCUCUGCAUCAACAACUGCGGUCUCACCGGUAAUCCGGCUACCAACAAUAUGUGCCAGAAAUGUUUCAACGCCACCACUGCUACCACCUCCUCAUCGCCCUCUUCCACCGCCAACGUCACAACUGCCGGGCCUGUUGCCGUCGGACCCUCAGUCUUAACAUUCUCCGGCGAGCAAUCCUCUAGAUCUGCGACUUCUCGAUCAUUAGAGAUCCGAUCCUAUUCCGUUUCGGCUACAACCACGGCCAGCAGCCGGAACUCCUCAUUGGACGGGUCAGGAGUUCAGGCGGCAUCGGCUGUGGAAAAAAAGGUGGUGAACCGAUGUUCUGGCUGUCAUAAGCGGGUAGGUUUGACCGGGUUUCGGUGUCGGUGUGGGGAGCUUUUCUGCGGAGAACACCGCUAUUCCGAUCGACACGAUUGCAGCUACGAUUACAAGGCCGCCGGACGGGAGACAAUUGCUAGAGAAAAUCCUGUGGUCAAAGCGGCAAAGAUUGUGAAAGUUUGAAGAUGUAAACAGUCGGAAACCUGAAUUUCAUCAAGUCACGGAGAUCAAUGCUUGAUCUCUCCAUCUCUCAUCAAAGAUGAUGAUAUUAAGAAGGUCGUCGAAGAUGAUGAUAUUUAAGAUUGGCUUCACAGAGAAGAUGAAGAUGGUUCACGUUCCAAUAUUGAUAGAUAGAACUAUUUAUUUUUAUUUUCUUUUUUUCUUUUUUUUUGGUUAUUAUUGGAAAAUGAAAGAUGAUUGUGGGAUUUACUACGAAAUUUGUCUUCUUCCUCUUCUGAAUUCAGGUCUCUUUGUGUUUGGAUUUGAUGAUUUCUGGUUUUGAUGUUAAUAAUGGCACGUGUUUGUA